AUGUCUGCCCAAUCUGUUGUUGGCGACAGCAGGACUGGCAGUGCACCUCGCAUUGGUAGUGCAUACAUGUGCAAUUGCUGUCCUAAGAAGCCAAAGAAGUUUGGAACUGAGGAUGAUCUCAGGAAACACAUGCUGGAGAAACCGAACGAGUGUGAUUUCUGUCCCAAUCGAUUCAAGAACAAAAAUGAAGCUGAGCGACAUCAAAACUCUAUUCACCUGCGUCCUUACUCUUGGUCCUGUGGAGCCAUCUUGAGCUAUGAGAUUGCUUUCCAUCCCUUGAAUUCACUUACCCCUCUAUCAUACGAUAUCUGUGGCUAUUGUGGCGAAGAGUUUACGAAUUCCCCUCGUGAUUGGGACGCCCGGUUUGUGCAUCUGACUAACGUCCAUAAAUUCGGUGAAUGCGACAAGACCAAAAAAUUCUUUCGAGCAGAUCAUUUCCGCCAGCAUCUCAAACACAGUCACGCCGGCACUAGAGGAAAUUGGUGGGGCGUGUUGGAGAAUGCUGGCAGGAAGGACGAGCCGCCUCAGAAGGUUCGUAAUCGAGAUUAUGAGAAUGCAUAA